AUGGUUCGGAAAACGAAAGGUGGGUGGCGAAUGUGCCAAGACUAUACUGAUUUGAAUAAGGCCUGCCCGAAGGAUAGCUUUCCGUUACCUCAAAUCGACCAGCUCGUAGACGCCACUGCCGGUCAUGAGCUUCUUAGCAUCAUGGAUGCAUAUUCGGGAUACAAUCAGAUAUUCAUGAACCCUGUCGACAGCGAACAUACGACAUUUAUCACGGACAAAGGAUUGUAUUGCUACAACGUCAUGCCGUUCAGCCUGAAGAAUGCGGGGGCAAAGUAUCAAAGGCUUGUUAAUUGA